AUGUCUUCCACCGACACAGGCGAGCUCAAGAUCGAGAACACCAACGUCAAGACUGGCCCUUCCGUCUCUCUAUCAAGCCAACAGAACACCCUGGUUGGCUCCGUCCUCGACCUCUUCGCCGGCCGCCCCUCCCUCGCCAAACUCCAGCUCUGGUCCGACGAUGCCACCUUCGAAGACCCCAUCACCGUAGCGAAAGGGCGCAAGCAGUACGAACCCCAAUGGUACGGUCUCCAGACAGCCUUCUCAGAGAUCGAGCGCCUGCAUCACGAAGUCACGUCAGCAGGCAACCCGAUCGAGAUGGAUCUGAAGACGAGAUACGUCGUCAAGGGCAUCGGCAAGGAGCAGGUCAUCGAUAGCAAGGUCAAGAUCUUCACGGAGGGGGACAAGAUCACGAAGGUGGAGGAUAGAUGGGACGGCAAGCUGCCCGAUAGCGGGAUUCAGAAUGCUUUCCGCCGCCUGAAUGCCAACAGUGUGCCGAUGAUGGUCGGCGUGCCGAAGAACGCUGAGGAGGACAAGCAGAGGGGCAACUAG